AUGUUGCAUGCCCAGAUGCGCUCGCCCAGAUGUGCAGAGCGAUGUGCUCCUCCUCCUCUUCUUCCUCCUCCUCCUCCCGGCUUCGACAAUAGAUCCGAGAGUCAGGGGGUCGAGAGGGAUCCUGGCACUCGGGGAGCCGCGGGGGGAAGGCAGCCAGGCGGCAGCAGCAGCAGCAGCAGCACCCGGGAGAUCGAGGCAGAGCCCACCGAAUCGGAACCGGAGGCUUCACAUCCCGGCUCCCCUCCGCCACCGCGGGGCGGGAGAGAUGUUGACAAGGAGGAAAGGAGGAGGAGGAGGAGGAGAAGGAGGAGGAGGAGGCGAAAGGAGAGCAACCCCCAAGAAGCCUCGGCGGCGGCGGCGGCGACGGAGGCAGCUGGAAGCGGCAGGCGGGCGAGCGAGGCUCUUCCCCCGUCGGCAUCCACCCGCGCGCGCACACUGGCGGCUCCCCGAGAGGCCGACACUUCUGCAGCGACGCCAAGCCGCAAACCCCUCCCCUCGCCGCCGCCGCCGCCGCUCCCAGCCCAGACACUCCGCCCGCCACACGUACUGUUGCUCGCCGACGCCGGAGCCGGUGGAGGCGGAGGAGCAGCAGGAGGAGGCGGAGAGGUCUCCAGGCGAGCGGCCGCCGCGCUCCCCUGCCAGGCGGCUCUUCCCGGGAGAGGUGGCUCCCUCGGGGAGCGGCUAGAGGAGGAGGCGGCGGCGGCGGCGGCGGCGGCGGCGGCUCGUGGUGGGCGCGGGGCAAAAAAGGCUCCUUUGCGCGCGAGUCCCGCCAGCUCCUGCGCUGCCCUUUUAGGAUACUGGGUUGGGUUAGGUUAG